AAUUUACAGGCUUUUUUUAUGCUGCCCAUAUUUAUUCCCACGGGAUGUUAGCAAAAAACGUCAUUUGGCAUGAGUGCUAAUAACAACGUCAGCUGUUAUCAUGAAUGUCGCAAGGAGCAUUAUUUUGCUUCUUUUGUGCCUUCAUACGAAAGAUUUGGUAUGUGGAGAACCACUGAGUUUGCUAGUGGGCGCUGGUUCAGCAAUCGCUGCUUCACUAAGCAUUUUCAGUUACUAUGCUCGAUGUAAACUUUUCGAAUGUUGUGACAGUUAUUGGGUACGAGAAGAUUAUACAGGUUUACAGCAUUCUCUGCGUACACGGUUAUAUGGGCAGCAUCUGGCUAAGGAAACUAUAAUAACAGCUGUAAUUGCACAUUGGAAAAAUCCAAAUCCUAAAAAGGCUUUGGUGAUGUCAUUUCAUGGAUGGACUGGUUGUGGCAAAAAUUAUCUUAGCUCGAUAAUUACCGAGAAUUUAUACAGGAAAGGAAUGAAAAGUGACUAUGUUCAUGUUUAUGUUUCGACGCUACAUUUUUCAAACUAUUUAGAAAUACCACUUUAUCAGGUGCAGUUACGUUCAUGGAUACAAGGGAAUGUAUCGAAAUGCGAAAGAAGUUUAUUUGUCUUUGACGAAGUAGACAAAAUGCCUGCUAAAGUAAUUGAUGCCGUGAAGCCUUUUAUCGACCAUUAUGAAUAUUUGGAAGGUGUUGAUUUUCGGAAAAGUAUUUUUAUUUUUCUCAGUAAUUCUGGAAGUAAUGAAAUAACUCAGAAAGCACUACAGCAUUAUGAAGAUGGAAAAAUAAGAGAAGCAAUAACAUUGAAGGAAAUGGAGAAUGUUGUCAUGGCAAGCGCAUUCAACACUGAAGGCGGGCUAAAAAUGAGUGAAUUGAUCUCAGCACACUUGAUUGAUCACUUUGUUCCUUUCCUACCCUUAGAAAGAAGACAUAUAUUGCUUUGUAUCCGAGAUUAUAUGUUUUCUCAUGGAUUCACACCGACAGAUGAAAGUAUCACUGCUAUUGCUGAUUCUUUGCAGUACUUCCCUAAAACAAAUCCAAUCUAUUCUUCAUCUGGUUGCAAACGGGUUGCUCAGAAAACUGAGCUGUUCAUAUCUGCAGAGCGCGAAAAAGAUCGACAGCGUUUUCAGAACCUUCAAGAUGACGAUGCACUAUAGAUUGUUUUUUAGGAAUACCUUUCUCUUCUAUGUUUUAAUUAAAUUCACUUCCAAACUCUAUUUCAUGCGUCCUUUUCCCCAACUAUAUUAGAUUUCGAAAUAUUCCCUGC